AAAGACACGUUUGUUUAAACCCCAUAAUAAAUCUUACAGAAAGCUCACACUAAACAGCAUUCAGUCCCACUCAAAGUUCCUGGCGUAGGACUGGUAGACCGUUCCGCUUCACCCCGCACAUUUUUUUUGCUCCAACUGAUUCUUCAUACUUCCCGUCGACGUCUGCAUUUUCUAUUCGUCCGGGCUCGCCAGUGAUCGAUCGAGAAAUGGAUGCAUCCGGGCUUGUGAUUUCCCGCAAGGAAGAUGUAGUGGAAACGCUGCUGCGUUUAUUGGUGGGGCCUCUCUUGCCAGUAUAUCAUAUCCCACCAGGAGAUCCGCCUAUCGAUAAACAACAAUCAGUAGCUAAACAGCUGCAUGCAGUUGUGUUGCUUUACAAUUACUACCACCGGAAACAGUUUUCUCAAGAAGAGCAUUUGGAUUUUGAGGCAUUUUGCAAAUUGGCUGUUACACUAAGGCCAGUUUUAGCUUGGCAUUUGAACUCCAAGCCUCAGUCAGAUUCUGAGGAGUUAGAUGGCCGUGAAAAGCAACUCUCUAUUGUAGAAAGAUCAAUCCAAGAUGCAUGCAACUUAUCUCUCAUUCUAGAUCCAUCCAAAACUAACCCCGUAAUAGAAGGAUGGGAAAUUUCAAAAGUUUCUGUUUUGUUACUGGACUCUGAUAUGGAGAACUGUUUUCUGAUGUUUGGUCCUGUCAAUAAAGGGGUUUGGUCUUUUCCUGAAAAAAGCAUCGAAAUCCCCGCCAGUGAUUCAAAAGAUGUGAAUAAAAGAAAACGAAUUGGCGGAACAUUGUUAAAAAGGGAACCAAAAACUAGCGAGUCAAGAUUGCAGCAGCUUGCGUUUUUGGCAGUUCAGGAUGCAACAGGUAUUAAACGAGCUGAUCUUACUGUUUUGGGGAAGCACAUUGUAUAUUCUUUAAGCAAAGCAAAGACAACCACCUGCUUUUACAUAAUGCAAUGCACUAAACCAACUCCAAAUUUUAUAAUCUCUCUUAAAGGCAUUAUCAAGAGCUUGCAGGGCCCACUGGUUGUGAAGAGGUCUAUCUGGUGUUUUACUACUCCUGUUGUUGAGCAUUUUCAGCUGCUUCCUUAUGCCACUAUCUUGUCAGCCUUGCACCCGGGAGAGACCGCCCCAAGCACUUUGCAAAGUUCAAUUUGUAAAAACACUCCGUCUGCUGAUGAAAAUGCAUUUCCAGAUAUGGGAGAGUCAAACAUCACAAUGUUGGGUUCCACAGAUAACCACAACUUGGUUUGUGAAAUAAAUAAGAAGCAUGAUGGAGGUACCUAUCAUAAAUCUAGUGACACAGAAAUAGGGAGUGAGAUUACAUCUUCAAAGAUGGGGGAUACAAGCACCAAGAUGUUGGAUUGCCUAGAUAAUGACUGCGACAAUAUGGUUUGUGUAGAAAGUGGGAACUGUGACAACAAUACCAAUUGUGCAAAAUCUAGUGGUAAUGAGGCAGAGGUAGCUGAGAAAGUAAUCCUUGAAGCAUCUAAGGGAAACUCAUCAUUGCAGACAGCACUUGGUGUCCUCUCCAAGGAAAACGAGGCACUGUGUAAUAAGAAACGCUGCAUAGAAGAGAAGAUUGCCUUGUUAGACAAAAGUAUCCUUGAAGUCUUAGAUGGAAGGGAAGAUGGUUUGACACUAGAAAUACAAAAAAAUGACAGUUUUUGUGAUGAAAUGUGCUUGAAGGAAACCCAUAUCCAAGAAGUACAGCAUCAACAUUCUGUAGACUUGGCCUAUCUUCAACAUGUGAACAGCAGGACAAAUGAAGGUCAUGUUCCCUCACUACGACCUGCAAGCCAGGAAUUGGAUGCUAUAUGUUCUGCAAAUGGCUGGAGGCUUCCGGCAUAUAGGCUUUCCUCAACCCAUGGAGCAUAUGUUACGGAGCAUGCCCUGUCUGCACGUAUCAACGGAGUAGGUGGAGAGAGAGAUAUUAAAGAUGGGCCAGGUCUCAUUGAACAUAAUGGGUUGGGUUAGGAUGUUCAUGACACUGCCCGUGCCUGAAGGGUUGAGCCGAACGGGCUGCCUGGUUAUUAAAACAAGCAGCUAUUAGUUUCCUAACUAUUAUUGAUUAUUGAUUGAUAUUUCCUUGUUCAGUUCUAGACAGUUUCUUAUGUUAUUUAAUAUUAAUAACGUACUUUUGGAGAUUUAGGAUGUUUUAAAUUGGAUUGGUUUCAAUUCCAAACAAGUCAUACUUAAAUAGAUCAGUCCAGAUCAGACUUCGGUAGUUAUAAAUACACAUAGAAUAGACAUUGAUCAAAUCAGUUCAGACCAGAUCAAAAAAUUAGUCUUAAAAUUAGAAGUCUGAAUGUUUUAACCAUGUAACUAAGUAAGUAACUAAUUAAUGUAAUUUAGUUUUUGAAGUCCAGGACACAUUAAAUUAGUAAAUAUAAAAUUUACAUUAUAAGACUUAGUUAAAUUAGCCUUAGUUUUAUCUUAUCUUUUUAUCUUAUCAUUUUUAUCUUUGUAAGUUUUUAUCUUUUUUUAGCUCCAGUUUCAUAUGUGGAAUCAUGUUAACCGACUCCAAACUCUUGUGGGACAAAAGCUUGGAUGCUGUAUAAAAUUUCAUACAUCAGUAAACUUAAAGCUCUUGAACUCAUUAAAUGAGUAACCAUUGAAUGUUUAUUUUGGUGAAUGGUGACUGGUUUUGGUGUUCAACACCUUGCUUACUUGUGGUAUUUAUAUGAUUUUAUCAUUAUUUUUUGGUUGAAGGUAUCAUGUAAAUGUUCUAUUAGUAUUACUAACAAAUCUAUAUGCUUAAGUCCCGUGAGGCGUGCACUUCCGCCUCGUGCCUUGGCUAUUUAACAAAAGCGUCUCAUGACGCCUCACGCCUUUUAAAACUAAGGUGUUAAACGAUUUGAUAUUAGCAUCUUUUAUGAUGGGUUCAUGGGUACAGACGCUGUAACAGCUAGUUCCUUGGAAAAUACUUCUAACAUAAUGCUUGCUCUAUGUUAAAAGUUCUAUAGAGUAAAAUGUUAGAAGUGUUUAACAGAUUUGUGGGGGAAACUAAAGAGGAAAAGGGGACCAAAAAUGGGACAAUGAGAGUAGUAUUUUGAGGUGAUCACAUAUUAUUUGUUUCAUUAAUAUCCAUCAUUAUCCAUGUAAGAAGUAGCAAGGACCUAUAUAUUUGGUCUGAUGGAGAAAAGUGAUAAUCAGGGGCAAUUGUUAUCCCCCAUUAAUAAGCAUGUUGCAGUGCUCUCUUGUGAAUGUGUAAAUUUUAUAUUUUUAGAUGAAUCUAACAUUAAUGAAGAAAUAGUGACCUUUUAUUUUCAGAGUUUGGUCUUCUGUUUGCUAUGAUACAUUAUAAGCUUGAAAGACUGGUGAAAACCUGUUGCUAGUUUUGUUUCUCAGUUAUUUACGGAAUUUUUACUCUCUAUUCUCUCUCUCAAGCCUCGUUUUGUAGUACUGGCUAUUGCCUAUAACUAAUAAAUGCGUAUAACAUCUCUAUUAGGUGGUGCUUGUGUUAAGAUUAUGAUAAAAGGAACGAGUUUUGAAUGCUCUUGUGAUGGUGAUCAACAAUCUGAUUCCUCAGAAGCAAAGGAGUUGGCGGUUGCAAAGCUGAUCUCCAGGUUAGGUACUAUAUCUAACAGAAAUGAUCAUUGAGAGCUUUGGCUAAAAUCAACUAUCUUGCGAUUGUGGUUCAAUCACCAGAUCAUAUACUGAAGAUGAAUGAGUUGACAGAUUUUGUUUGACGGCUGCUUCAUGAUGUAAACACCAAUAAUGGUUUUGUUCAGUGUGUGUGUGUAUGUAAUUGUGAUUGUGGGGAUAUUACCAUCCUAUCAUAUUCUGCAUCAAUGAAUUGCAUCUUUAAGUGAGCAGAAAGUAUACUGCACAAUGUUUUGGUUUGUUUGUAUGGCUAAUGCAUCCUCUGGAGUCUCUGGACACCUUCACACUUCUUCUAGUGAGAAGAAAACAUCCCUUUGUUGGAAGAACUUGUAGUUAAGAGGGCAGUUUUUACAGAUACGAAGGCCCAUGCUAAGGUUGAAUGCUGAAUUGCUCAUGAUGAGCUUGAAGAGAUUUCAAUGUAGUUUCUGAAUAUGUUUAUUUUAAUUAUUAAAAAAUAAAUCAAUUAUCAAUAAAGAGAAUU